AUGUCAAGGUUCGUGCUGAAAAACCUUGGAAAUGAUACUCGUCCUGACAUCAUUAUCAACGAUACGGAUAGAAAGAAGAUUGUUGGACGAAAUAGUGAAACACAGAUCAUUUCGCCAGUAGUAUCUAGGGAGCACUUAGUUAUUAAGCCAAACUUCAAAGACAAACUAUUGCUUAUUAAAUUUACUGGAAAGUCUCCUUCUGCUAUCAACGGAUUUGUAAUUAAAGAAUCUGAAGCUUAUGAGGCAAAGGAAAAUGAUAUAAUUAACUUGGUUAUCAGUACAGAAUAUAAUUAUAAAGUAUUGUUUGAAAAGGCUCCAACUGAACUAAUUAAACCAGGAAAAAGAAGAAGUGAAGACGAAAUGGAAGUAAGUGAGGAAAGAGUUAAGAGGCAAAAGUCUUCAGAAGAGGAUAGAUGGGAUAAUAUAGAUAAUAACAAAUGUCUAGUAUUCACAAGUCGUGGAGUUGUAGCUUCCGAAAAAAUUGCUGCUUACGAUAUGGAUAAAACUUUAAUAAGGACAAUGAGUGGAAAUACAUUUCCAAAAUCGAUUGAUGACUGGCAAAUUAAUUUUGCAGAAGUUCCAGACAAGUUGAAGAAAUUCCAUGAAAAUGGAUAUAAAAUUGCUGUUUUUACAAAUCAGGCAGGUGUUGAGCAUAACCGAGUAACGAUACCAGAUAUUAAGAAGAAAAUUACAAUGAUACAGAAACGACUUCAAGUACCUUCUCAAUUCUUUGUUUCAACUGCUGCCACCAAUUUUCGGAAGCCAAGAGUAGGUAUGUGGGAACUACUGCAAGAUCGAUUUAAUGAUGGAGUUAAAAUUGACAUGACAUCCUCAUUCUUUGUUGGUGAUGCUGCUGGACGUCCUGAAAAUAAAGUUUUAAAGACGAAGAAGGAUCAUUCAUGUGCUGAUCGUUUAUUUGCAAAGAAUUUGGACUUGAACUUUUACACGCCUGAAGAACAUUUCAAGAAUGUCAAGAAGAACAAUUUCUUCACUAAGCCUGAGUUUAAUCCAAAGAAUUUCGAUAUUUCCAUGAAGCUUCUUGAACCAGACAGCUCCGUUUUAGUUUCUAAGGAACAAGAACUAAUUAUUAUGAUAGGAUUUCCAGCUAGUGGAAAGAGUUAUUUCUGUAAGAAUUAUUUGCAAACUGCCGACUAUGAAGUCGUUAAUCGUGAUACGCUUAAUUCCAUGCAAAAAUGUAUGUCAGUCAUUGAGGAUGCCUUAAAGAGUAAGAAGAGUUGUGUAGUCGAUAAUACAAAUCCAGAUACAGCUUCACGUAAGAAAUUCAUCGAUAUAGCUAAGCAACUUAAAGUCAAAGUUCGGUGCUUCUUAAUGACAACAACUUACCAUCAUAGUCGACACAACAACAUAUUUAGAGAAAUUAUUGAUUCAUCACAUGCUAAAAUUGGUGAUAUUGUUUUCAACACGUACAAAAGCAAAUUCGUUCCUCCGACAUUAAAGGAAGGAUUCGAUGAGAUCGUUAAGGUCAAUUGUGUACCAAAAUUCGAGAAUGCAGAACACGAGAAGCUGUAUCGUAUGUAUCUUCUUGAAAAAUAA